CCAGCGGGAUCCAUUCCCUGUUUCCCGUCAUUCCCGCAGGUCCGGAACGAGUUCUACAAGGACACUCAGGGUGUUCUCCUGGUUUACGACGUGGGAUCCAAGGAAUCCUUCGAUUCCCUGGAUUCCUGGUUGGCCGAGAUGAAGCAGGAGCUGGGACCUCAUGGGAACAUGGAAAACGUCGUCUUCGUCGUCUGCGCCAACAAGGUGGAUUCCGGGAAGCUGCGGAGCGUGGACGAGAGCGAGGGGCGGCUCUGGGCCGAGAGCCGAGGGUUCCUCUACUUCGAGACCUCGGCACAGACCGGAGAGGGGAUCAACGAGAUGUUCCAGACUUUCUACUCGGCCAUCGUCGACCUGUGCGACAACGGUGGGAAGCGCCCGAAUUCCGGCGCCGGCAUCGGCUUCACCCGGGAACAGGCGGAUGCCAUCCGGAGGAUCCGGAACAGCAAGGACAGCUGGGACAUGCUGGGAGUCAAACCCGGAGCCACCAGGGAUGAGGUGAACAAGGCCUACCGGAAGCUGGCCGUGCUCCUGCAUCCCGACAAAUGCGUCGCUCCGGGCAGCGAGGACGCCUUCAAGGCCGUGGUGAACGCCCGCACCGCGCUCCUCAAAAACCUCAAGUAGGGAAAA